GUUUACCUUCACCGACGGCACACAUCAACUACCUCUAUACCACCUCAGCCUCGCCAACAUUAACCAUCGACUUCACGCGCCUUCUACAAGUACCGGUUCAGACCCCGCGUGAACACAGAACGAGCUCAUCACUUUCAUCGGGCGCCACCAUGAACCCCGACCGACAGGCCAUGAUCGCCGGCUUGGGCAAAGGUCGAGACCGAGACAACAAACGAGACAUCACUGCCCCCAGACUCGACAACAACAACCGCAUCUCGAAACCCCAAUACAAGCCCUCCUCGAAACCCAUCACAGGUUCAAACAGCACCCCGGUCGGCAGCUCUGGCCCCGGCAAAUACCUUACCCAGGACGAGCAGUCGGAGCAAUUCGUCGCCGACGAGGACAAGUUCGUGCUCAAGCAAGCAAAGAAGAAGGCCGACAUCCGCGUCAGAGAACGGCGCGCAAAGCCCAUCGACUACCUUGCCUUCAACCUCCGCUUCAUCGACACCGACCGCGAUGUCUUCGACGACCACGAUGACGACGUCGAUAUCCCCGUGCCCUCUCCCGAGAGAGUCCUCCAGAACCUGAACGAGUCCCAGCUGAAGGAGUUGGAGGAGGAUAUCAAGUCAUAUGAUACCCUCGAGACAAAUCGCCGCAACAAGGAGUACUGGUCAGCCCUGUCCAUUCUGUGUGACGACAAGCGAAACAAACUCAAACCACAAGGAGCAGAGGGACGUGCCGUGAACACAGUGGCUGCUGAUGUUGACAGGAUUCUGGCACCCAAGACGUUGGAGCAGCUGGAGGCGUUGGAGAAGCAGAUCAGGGCGAAGCUACAGUCCAACGAGCCCAUCGAUACCGACUACUGGGAAUCCUUACUCAAGAGUCUGCUGGUAUACAAGGCAAAGGCAAAGCUGAAGCACGUGUGCUUGGAGAUCAAGGCCGCCCGCGUCGAGGUCCUCAAGGCUAAGGACCCCGAGAGGGCGAAAGCCCUGGAACAAGCCGACGCCCUCCCUGAUGCCGCCCUCACUUUGACCUCGGGCCCUUCCAAAGCCUUGAGCCGCCCUACCGCCUCGACAUCAACUCCACUCGCUGCAUCCUCCAGCAACAGCAGCAGCAGCACCGCCCCGCCCCCAGGUACCGCUCGCUUCGCCUCCACCGGCAAUGAAGACUUCUCCCAAGCCACCAAGGCCCUCUACGACCGGGAAGUCGCCCGCGGCUUCCUCGAAGGCGAAGAGAUCUUCACGGCCGAAGAAUCCCUGACCUCCAACCCCAAGCCUGUGUGGGCCGACAAGUACCGUCCCCGCAAGCCGCGCUACUUCAACCGCGUUCUGAUGGGCUACGAAUGGAACAAGUACAACCAGACGCACUACGACCACGACAACCCGCCGCCCAAGGUCGUGCAGGGGUACAAGUUCAACAUCUUCUAUCCCGACCUGAUUGACAAGACCAAGGCGCCCACAUUCAAGAUCAUCAGGGAGGGCGGGAGACGCCGAGGAGAGAGCUUUGCGCCCGCGGGCAAGGAGGAUACCUGCUUGAUUAGGUUCGUGGCCGGACCGCCGUAUGAGGAUAUUGCGUUUAGGAUUGUGGACAGGGAGUGGGAUUAUAGCGCCAAGAAGGAGAGGGGGUUCAAGAGUAGUUUUGACAAGGCCAACGCUAUACUUUUCCACGCCAUCCAGUAUCCGCCAGUUACCCGUGCGUUUCUGGCCUUAUCGUUCUUGUACUAA